AUGGGUUCAUCAAAUCUUGGAGGCGUAAUCUCUGGUGCUAAUCCGUUUGUCUAUAAUUCGAGUUCACCACUGACACUAUUUCUAUUCCAAACAUGUCUCAUAUUGGCAACGUGCAAUUUGCUUCAUAUUCCAUUUGCUAAGAUACGACAGCCCAAGGUUAUUUCGGAAGUUAUAGCAGGAAUCAUUUUGGGACCCACUGUAUUUGGUCAAAUCCCUAACUAUAUGAAUACAGUUUUCCCUGAGAGUUCUAUUCCUGGUUUAAAUUUGACGGCUAAUCUAGGGAUCAUAUUGUUCAUGUUCUUCUUAGGGUUAGAAGUCGAUAAGGAAUUCAUCAAGAAACAUUUAAAAAUUGCACUCUCUAUUGGACUGAUUACACUGGCGGUACCGUUUGGGUUCGGGUGUCUUUUUUCAUUACCACUAUACAACAGUUAUGCUAAGAAUAACGAAGACUCCAAGCAUGUUAAAUUCAGUGUAUUUAUGUGCUUUAUUGCAACUUCCAUAUCCGUGACAGCUUUUCCUGUGCUUUGCCGUAUUUUGAACGAGCUACGUCUCAUCAAGGAUAGAGCUGGAAUUAUUGUGCUUGGUGCUGGAAUCAUCAACGAUAUCAUGGGUUGGAUUUUGUUGGCGCUAAGUGUGAUUCUCUCCAGUUCAUCUAGUGAUCCUGUAAACACGGUCUACAUCCUCCUUUGUACAUUUGGUUGGUUUCUUCUUUAUGCAUAUCCUUUGAAAUAUUUUUUGAAAUGGGCAUUGAUAAAGACACAUGAAUUAGAUAGAAGCAAACCGUCACCUUUAGCCACUAUGUGCAUUCUCUUCAUCAUGUUUGUAUCUGCUUAUUUCACAGAUAUCAUUGGAGUACAUCCAAUCUUUGGAGCUUUUAUUGCUGGAUUAGUUGUACCUAGAGAAAAUAACUACGUCGUAAAACUGGCUGAAAGAAUGGAAGAUAUUCCCAAUAUUGUUUUGAUUCCAAUAUAUUUUGCAGUUGCAGGUCUGCAUGCGGACCUUACUUUACUGAAUCAAGGAAAAGACUGGGCAUACAUAUUUGCAAGUAUUGGUAUUGCGAUUGGCUCUAAGAUUCUUUCUGGUUCCCUUCUUUCACAAAUGUUUGGUUUAUACUUCAGAGAAUCUCUAGCGGUAGGUAUUCUGAUGUCCUGUAAAGGUAUUGUGGAAAUUGUCGUUUUAACUGUGGGUUUAAACGCUGGGAUCAUAGAUAAAAAAGUUUUUGGUAUGUUCAUUUUGAUGGCAUUGGUUUCAACAUUUAUCACUACUCCAUUGACUCUAUUUGCCUAUCCUGAAUCGUAUAGGAAUGAAUUACAGAUGCGUCUCAAGAAGAAGGAUCUAGGUGAUGAAGGAAAUUUACAGGAUCUUUCAAAUUGCUCUUUGGGCGGUUAUCCCCGUGACCUUUUAAACUCUUUUGCAGAUGUAAAAAAUUACCACAUAUCCGAGAUUAUAAAUGUCAUUAAUACCACUGAGACCAUUUCUUGUUCUUUAGAUCAUAUCAAUCGGUUGGCGAAUGGUAAGAUAGCUACAAGUUCUGUACCUAUUGAACCCCUCUCAGAGAAAUGGAAGGAUGAUAGCGUGAAGACUACAACGUCAACGGUAGGACCAUCUGCCAAACCAAACAACAGAUUGAAGAAACUUACUGGUGUUUUGUCACGCAGGACCCCCAAUCAUCAUGAUUCAGACGCAACAGAAGUAAUACAAGAAAGCGAAUACGGUUUUGAAAUCCAAAUGCCAGUGAAGGGAGUUCAUUUAAGGCUACUUACAGAGAGAACUGCGGAUUUGUUACAAUCUUCUUCAAUGUACAAUGACGACAUACAUGUUACUGCAAACACUGAUUCUAUUUUACAAAUUUUGGAUAUCUUCUGCCGCCUGAGUAAAAUUCCAUUUUCUGGUGAGGUUCUUUUCUCAACGGUUAGAGAAAAAGCUACCAAUAUUUCAUCUUUGGAUUUGAAAGGGACUGAUUUGGUACUACUUUCCCUGAAAGGUGCUUCCCAUGAAAUCAAUGCGGGUCAUAUGUUGAGGAGGCAAUUUUAUCAAACUUUUGAGCACAUCUAUUCGCAUAUAGUAGGAUUAAAUGAGUUGCCAUCGAAUUUCUUCCAGACAAUGGCAUAUUCGCUGAAUUCAAAUUUUGCGUUACUGAUUUCCAAUUCUCUAGACAGAUUAAACACGGAUAGUUUUAAGAAGAAAAGCUUUUAUCUACUAUUGCCAAGUCCCAAUUUAGCAUCUUCGGAUUUCUUAGCACUUCAUUUAUUUUUAGUGAUUUGCCAUAGAAACUAUAGAAAUGGAGAUGACUCUCGAGCAACCAUUUUUGUUAAUGAUUCAAAUGCUCAUUUUGGGGAACAUCUCUUUGCAGCAUUAACGGAUCAAGAAUGGGUCAGAUCUUCUUUUCAAGUCAUCAAUGUGUCUGUUGAUCAAAAAGUACAGCAAGAUUCCUCACAAGCAUUUUUUGUCGAUGCGGUUUUACAGAAAGGAUUGAAUGAAGACGAAUUAAAUAGCUUAGAUGAAGCUACUUUUAUUGUGGCUGAAAAUUAUUUCUUUGGAGACGUUCCUUUCAGUGAUGAGGUGAGAACUGCAAUUUUAAGAGGUUCUAAUAACCAAUUCAAUGUUCUUGUAGCUCAUCAUCAUUGCUCCUAA